AAUAUAUUACUUUCUACUUCUAAACUCUAAUGUUAUAUCGUAUUGGCAUCAGCAUUUACUAUUUGGGAAGCUUGAAUGCCGGAGCUCGCUGGUCGACGUAGGGUUGCUUCUUUUUUAAAUCGUGUAGCGUAGGAUUUGUAAAUUUUUAUAAAUAAUUAUUUAUUCGAUUCGAAGCCAAUCAGUGAUAGUUGUUUCGCGUACUGUACUGUCGCAGUCAUAUUUUCAUCGAUUUUAUCACUCGAAAGUUUUUUUUUGUAAAAUUUAUAAAAAUCUAAAAAAUCAUGCCUGAAACACGCUACACUAAUGGAUAUCCUCAGAGUGGAUGUGUCGCUAACGAAUUUCACGACAACGAGCUAUUUCUUUUCAGCUCCGAAUCUGUCGGCGAAGGACAUCCAGAUAAAAUGUGCGAUCAAAUUAGCGACGCUGUAUUAGAUGCUCAUCUGAAACAAGAUCCCGAUGCUAAAGUAGCCUGCGAAACCGUCACAAAAACCGGAAUGAUUCUGUUGUGUGGUGAGAUCACAUCGAAAGCCAACAUCGAUUAUCAAAAAGUAGUACGCGAUACGAUCAAACACAUCGGAUACGACGACUCUUCCAAAGGAUUCGAUUACAAAACGUGCACGGUAAUGUUGGCCUUAGACGAACAAUCACCAAAUAUCGCGGCUGGAGUUCAUAUAAAUCGAAGUAUAGAAGAUUUGGGUGCCGGCGAUCAGGGUUUGAUGUUCGGUUACGCAACUGACGAGACGGAAGAGUGUAUGCCUUUAACUGUGGUACUAGCUCAUAAGCUUAAUCAAAAAAUCGCCGAAUUAAGACGAAGCGGAGUAUUAUGGUGGGCUAGACCGGAUACUAAAACACAAGUGACCUGCGAAUACUACUUUUUGAAAGGCGCUUGUGUACCGAGUCGAGUGCAUACGGUUGUCGUAUCUGUCCAGCAUUCGGAUAAAAUUACAUUAGAAGAUUUAAGACAAGAUGUUAUGGAAAAAGUUAUCAAAGCCGUAAUUCCAGAAAAGUAUUUAGACGAACGUACAGUAUACCACAUUAAUCCGUGCGGACAAUUCGUUUUGGGAGGACCGCAGUGCGAUGCUGGAUUGACCGGCAGAAAGAUCAUCGUUGAUACGUACGGUGGCUGGGGAGCCCACGGUGGAGGCGCGUUUUCCGGUAAAGACUUCACUAAAGUAGACAGAUCAGCUGCGUAUGCUGCUCGUUGGGUUGCCAAAUCGUUAGUUAAAGCGAAACUCUGCAGACGAUGCUUAGUACAGGUAUCUUAUGCCAUUGGUGUUGCCGAACCUAUUUCUAUUACAUUGUUCGAUUACGGUACUUCGAAGAAAACGCAAAAAGAAUUAUUAGAUAUCGUGAAGAAAAACUUCGAUUUACGACCUGGUAAAAUCGUCAAAGAACUUAACUUGCGUAAUCCUAUCUAUCAACAGACGAGCACUUACGGUCAUUUUGGACGCGAUAUAUUCCCUUGGGAGCAACCCAAGCCCUUAAUCGAAUGAAAGUUUAUCAGAACGCCAUAAUCUUGAAGACUACAGCAUUUGAAAUGCUCCGGUGGUGAUAAGGUAUAUAAUAAUUCGACCUGGAUGUUUAUACAGAUCAUAUUUUUUCUAGAUUUUUACAAAAUUUACCAAUUUACCCGGCCAAUUUUUCACAUUUAUCCUCCCCCCUCUUUUUAAUCACCUUUUUUUUUCUAUACUUAUUGUAAUGUUUCAUGACCGUUGUAUGUUUUUUUUUCUUCUUUUAUUAGAUCGUGACUGCGUCAUAUAUAUAUUUGUAUUUUUCUCAAGUUCAUGUAGUAUUUUUCUGUCCGUUCUGUAUUUUUUUUUCCUCUUUUUUUUUCUUCUUGUAAUUCAUAUACGUAAACGUUGAUGGUAUUAACCGUAAUUUUUUAUUCCACGAGUUUGUUGCUGAAUUAGCUAGGUAGUAACUGAGACCAUCACUUGUUCAUUUCUUUGUACGAAUAUAAUAAAUUAUUCAAAUAAAA